UAGAACGCGAACGAGGACGGACGAUAAUCGGGAAUCGCUUAACAAUAAGGGCCAAACGACAAGGCGCUCGCCCCCACCUUACGCUGGUUUGAGUCCACCGGAGUACACGGUUUACGACGAUUAUGAUUACGAGAAUGGCCUCUCAAGACUUUUCCCAAGAUGUACAGGGAGAACGUACGCCGAUAGUCCACAGUACGAACAACCAAAGAUAACGAAUAUUACUGAGGGAGAAAUUCUAAUAGAUAAUGAAAGAAACGAAUCGACCAGGGAUAACGUUAAGGAAGAAGAAAACAUUAAAACCGAUAUGAUGACUCGGAUAUCGCCGACGAUGCAUGAUAAUAAUGGUCCAAUUUUUAAGGACAACGAACAGGAGGAAACGUCGACGACGACAACAGUAACAACAACAACAACAACAACAACAACAACAACAGCAACAACACCGCCAUUGAAAAAAUCAGUAUCAUCGAAGAUCCAGGAUAGUACGAGAUUGCGUCCACCAUUGGCAGGUACGGCGGGUACAUCCGCGGAUUCUGGUACCGGUGAUUCCGGAAGUGCCGAGAUCCAACCUGACACCAUUAUGGGAACACCAAGGGGUAGCACGACUAUAACACUUGAUACCGUUGUCGCUAAUGUCGAAGGGAAAUCACCUGGUUCUAAGACACCUGGCAAGGGUGGUAAACAAACAGUUAAACCAUUUACAAAGGAGAGCCUUGACAGGUUAGAAAACCGUACGGUACAAUUGGUUAGAGAUUAUGGAUUUCAACCUAAAAGGAAGAUGUCGGUCGAAGACGGUGCAGUUCUCCCAAUGAAAUUCGAACCUUUCCCGACUGAACUUUAUGGCAGGCCACUCGAAGAAAUCGAUAACUUUAUAUACGACGAGACCUUCUGCGUGGUGUCGAAGAGAUUUCGAAAGAAUUACAUCCAUAGGUUCACCGCGACGAAUAGUUGGUUUAUAUUUUCCCCGUGGAAUCCUAUAAGACGGUGUUGCAUCUUCCUGAGUACUAAUCAGUACUUCGAUUACAUGGUUAUGGCCACCAUACUACUUAAUUGCGUCUUCCUGGCCAUGACCGAAACCGUCGAAGAAGCCGAAUAUAUCUUCCUAGCCAUAUACACGGCGGAAAUGGUGAUAAAAUCAAUAGCCAAGGGAUUUAUAUUGAACAAAUAUACCUAUCUAAGAAAUCCUUGGAAUUGGUUGGACUUUGUGGUGAUAACUAGCGGUUAUGCUACUAUCGGUAUGGACGUUGGUAAUCUGGCUGGCCUUAGGACAUUCAGGGUCUUGAGAGCAUUUAAGACUGUAUCGAUAAUGCCAGGCUUAAAGACUAUUAUUAAUGCGCUCUUGCACAGCUUCAAACAACUAGCCGAGGUAAUGACACUGACGAUCUUCUGCCUUAUGGUUUUUGCCCUAUUUGCUCUCCAAGUUUACAUGGGUGAACUUAGGAACAAAUGCGUGAGACAUCAAGAACCGAAUGACACCCAGAUCGAUUGGAUCGAGUGGACUUGGAAUUCAUCCAAUUGGGCUUUCAACGAGUACGAAGAGCCAAUCAUCUGCGGCAAUGUAACCGGCGCCAGACACUGUAACGAGAGCUAUACCUGCCUUUGCGUUGGCCCGAAUCCAAACCACGGUUACACCAACUUCGAUAACUUCUUGUGGUCCAUGCUAACCACCUUCCAGCUGAUUACGUUGGAUUAUUGGGAGGACGUCUAUAACAAGGUAUUGUCGGCGUGCGGACCUAUUAGCGUCUCGUUCUUCACGGUGGUCGUGUUUUUUGGUUCAUUUUAUCUAAUCAAUUUGAUGUUGGCUGUUGUGGCACUGAGCUACGAGGAGGAGGCUGAAAUUACGAACGAGGAACGAAGGAAGGAUUUAACCGACCAUCGUGAGGACUCGACGUUUAGUUUCGACCCGACUAAGAUCAACAUUAAGACGCUCACUAAAGAGAAGCAAAAAAAGAUUGACGCAAGGAAGGGAGUAUUACUGAGCAGUUACACGAGAAAGAAGACGAGAAGAAGAAAACGCGGUAGGAGUUCGGCGGGCCAAGAGAAAAAUGGUGGCGCACGUAGCAGAUCGGUUACACCAAGUCCAAGUCCAAGUCCAAGACACUCGAAUGUAAGACCGUCGCAUCUUCCGUUACAAAAUGUAACGCCAAGGCCACCGGAAGCUAGUACGGUUCAUAGAUUGGCACCGAAUCGUGGUAUGUUACAUUCGAGACAGGCGAGUAACAAUAGUAAUCAACAAUCGUCAUUAGACGAUUCUGGUGUUGUCGAUGAUCACGAUGGUGACGACGUUACAUCCGCCGAAGAACAUGAGAAACGUGAACAUCAACAGAGAGAACAUAGGGUAGAACGUCAGGAUAAGGAUAAGAAUAACGAUAACGAUCAGGAUCAGGAUCAGGAACAGGAUCAAGGGGAUGAAGAAACCAAAAUAGAUAUCACUACUCGUACCGAUUGUCAACCAGCACCUGUUACCGUUUCCGUUAAAACGAGCAGUCGAGAGAUCAGAGUUCUCAAAUGCAAUGGCGUCAAAACGAAGAAACAUAUGUACGCGCUGCCUCCAGAGUACCUGUCGCAUAUUGUAGUUUUAGACGAUCUUCCAGAUAGAAACUGCGAGAGGUGUAUUCAAUGUUGCGUAGACUACGAGGGAUGGUUACGUUUUCAAAAUUGUCUUUAUAAGGUCGUAAGAGAUCCGUUGUUUGAAUUGAUGAUCACCCUAUGUAUCGUAUUGAACACUGGUUUUCUUGCGAUGGAACAUCACGGUAUGAGCGAGUCGAUACGACAGGCAUUGAACAUCGGGAACAAAGUGUUCACGAGUAUUUUCACGUUCGAAUGCUUUUUAAAAUUGUUAGCACUUAGCAAAGAUUUCUUUAACAACGGUUGGAACAAUUUCGAUUUGAUCAUAGUAUCGGCCUCGUUGAUCGACUUGACGUUCGAAUUGGUCGACGGUUUAUCAGUUAUAAGGGGAUUAAGAUUGUUGAGGGUAUUGAAAUUGGCACAAUCAUGGACAACUAUGAAGGUCCUAUUAAGUAUAAUAAUAUCAACGAUCGGUGCAUUAGGUAAUCUGACCUUUGUCCUUGUUAUCGUUAUAUACAUAUUCGCCGUUAUCGGCAUGCAAUUAUUCAGUAAGGAUUAUACAUUGGACAAAUUUUAUCCUGAUCCUGUGCCACGUUGGAACUUCAACGAUUUCUUUCAUUCGUUCAUGAUGAUAUUUCGUAUAUUGUGCGGCGAAUGGAUCGAACCAUUAUGGGAUUGUAUGCGUGCCGAAAAGGAGGAUGGUCCUGGUACAUGUUUCGCAAUAUUUUUACCGGCUCUUGUUAUGGGAAAUUUUAUGGUACUCAAUUUAUUCUUGGCCCUGUUACUCAAUAGCUUCAAUUCGGAGGAAUUGAAGCAAAAAAAGGAGGAAGUCGGGGAGGACUCGAAAUUGGCGAGAUCGUUCGAUCGUAUACGUUCGAUUGUUAAAAAGAAAAAAUAUCGUAAGGAAAAUUCGGAAAAUGAAAAAAAUAUGAGAUUGGAACAGAUAGUGCGAGAGGUUAUGGAUAAGUCAGAUAAAGAGAAAUAUGCUAUACAGGAGACGGUAUUGAGCCUACCAAAGGACAAUAUUUAUAAUAGAUCUUAUCAGGAGAGCUUGAAUCAACCUGUAUUUACGUAUGAACCGAUAUAUCGUCAGGCAACAUUGACUACCUAUAGUCAAAGUAGUCAGGAGACUGUUAAGGAAAAUAAAAGGAUUAAUGAGAGAGAUGAAAUUAUUGUCAAUGACGAAUCUAACGUCGAGGAAACUAUAGAAAUGGAUGUAUUAAAGGAUCCUAAUAAAAUGGACGAGGAAGUUGCUAUGUUACCGGAUGAAAAAUCAUCCUCUCAACAAAUACGUAAAGAGGAAAGAAUAGAGAAACGACCUUGGCACGCAUUGGUCAGUUAUGUUGACGAAUUGACCGUCGGUGGUAGAAGAGAUAGCAAAGGUAGAUACAUUGACGGAAUAGGCUCGUUUCCAAUGUUUGGACGUAAUAAAGAGCCAAAGGAACCACAGGAUUGUUUUCCUCAGCAUUGUUAUCAAAAAUGUAGCUGUAUCAAUCGUUGCUUAGUAACCGACAUCGGAAGAAAAUGGAUAAGAAUACGUACUGUUGUACUUUCUGUUGUCGACACACCUGCCUUCGAAUGGAUGAUCCUAGUAUUGAUAUUUGCAUCCUCGAUAACGCUUUGCUUCGAAGACAUAUAUUUGGAUGACAAUCCAUUCCUAAAGAAAAUCCUUUAUUGGACCAAUCUAGCUUUCUGCGCUUUAUUCAGCAUCGAGAUGCUAUUAAAGUGGUUGGCAUUAGGAUUUUGUAAAUACUUCACCAGUUUCUGGACGAUCCUGGAUUUUAUAAUAGUUUUCGUAUCCAUGUUUAGUCUUUUGAUAGAAGAAAAUGAAAAUCUAAAGGUACUACGCUCGUUGAGAACGCUGAGAGCACUGAGGCCUUUAAGAGCGAUAUCAAGAUGGCAAGGCAUGAGGAUCGUAGUGAACGCGUUGAUGUAUGCGAUACCUAGUAUAUUCAACGUGCUCCUCGUCUGUCUCGUGUUCUGGCUUAUAUUUUCGAUAAUGGGAGUCCAAUUUUUUGGCGGUAAAUUCUUCAAAUGCGUCGACGAGUAUGGAGAAUUAUUGGACAUAUCGAUAGUAAAUACGAAGGACGACUGCUUGAAUAAAAAUUAUUCAUGGGAGAAUAGUAAGAUAACAUUCGACCACGUUGGUAUUGCUUACUUGGCAUUGUUUCAAGUGGCAACAUUCGAAGGUUGGAUGGAAGUAAUGGAGGAUGCCGUUGAUGCAAGGGGUGUAGAUCUUCAACCCCAAAGGGAAGCUAAUCUAUAUGCUUACCUUUAUUUCGUAAUAUUCAUCGUGUGCGGCUCCUUUUUCACAUUGAAUCUAUUCAUAGGAGUUAUUAUAGAUAAUUUCAACAUGUUAAAAAAGAAGUACGAAGGUGGCGUGCUAGAAAUGUUUUUGACCGAGAGUCAAAAACACUACUACACUGCCAUGAAAAAGCUCGGCCGUAAAAAGCCGCAAAAAGUAAUAAAACGUCCGAUCAACCAAUUCCUCGCAAUGUUCUACGAUCUGUCCAAUUCCCGAAGAUUCGAAAUAGCAAUCUUCGUUUUGAUAUUUCUGAACAUGCUGACGAUGGGAAUCGAACAUUACAAUCAACCACAUCCAAUAUUUUUCGUCUUAGAGGUGUCUAAUGCAUUCUUCACGACUGUCUUCGGUUUGGAAGCAAUAGUCAAGAUUAUUGGAUUACGUUAUCACUAUUUCACCGUACCGUGGAAUCUAUUUGAUUUCUUGCUCGUCUUAGCUUCUAUAUUGGGAAUACUUAUGGAAGAUAUUAUGAUGGACUUUCCCGUGUCCCCGACGCUCUUGCGGGUGGUGAGGGUGUUCAGAAUUGGUAGGAUCUUAAGGCUCAUUAAAGCCGCUAAGGGUAUUCGUAAACUUUUGUUCGCUUUGGUGGUCAGUCUUCCGGCAUUAUUCAACAUUGGAGCUUUACUUGCCUUGAUUACGUUCAUCUACGCCAUCAUUGGUAUGUCCGUAUUUGGGCACGUCAGGAAACAAGGAGCUUUGGAUGAUAUGGUCAAUUUCGAAACGUUCGGCCGUAGCAUGCAAUUACUAUUUCGUUUGAUGACAUCGGCCGGCUGGAACGACGUAUUGGAAUCAUUGAUGGUACAACCACCUGAUUGCGAUCCAACCCCAACUAGUAGGAAAAUGAAUGGCGAUUGUGGUUAUCCGUUAUUGGCAAUAACGUACUUCACUUCUUUCAUCAUCAUCAGUUAUAUGAUCGUUAUCAAUAUGUACAUCGCUAUCAUUUUGGAGAACUUUAAUCAGGCUCAUCAGGAGGAAGAAAUUGGUAUCGUCGAGGAUGAUCUAGAAAUGUUUUACAUACGUUGGUCCAAAUACGAUCCGCAUGCAACCCAAUUCAUCAGUUUCUCACAAUUAAGCGACUUCAUAGCGAGCCUAGACCCACCUCUGGGAAUAUCAAAGCCCAAUGUCGUUGCGUUGGUAAGCUUUAAUCUUCCCAUCGCGAAGGGUAACAAGAUCCAUUGUCUGGACAUCCUCCACGCACUUGUCAAGCACGUUCUUGGACACGUUGAAGAAUCCGAUGAUUUUCGUAAGCUUCAAGAACAAAUGGACGUUAAGUUCAAGAAGCAAUUCCCAACUAGAAAGGAAUUGGAAAUAGUGUCUUCCACGAGAAUUUGGAAACGACAAGAUAAGGCAGCCAGGCUUAUUCAACGUACGAUUAGAGAAUUUAUCGCAAUGAAGAAGGAACGUGAAAGGAUUGCCCAAGAAGUGGAUUCGCAAACGCAAACAUCGAGUCCUGGUGGUGUUGGGAGCGAUGGUAGGGGCGGGGGUGGGUGGGGUGGAAAGCUGUCGGCCCUGCUGCACGUACACAGAGGUAGCCGGGCCAGUAGCCGCAAGUCCUCCAGGGCCAGCGACGCCAGCGAUCUCAGUGAGCUCGGGACAGCAUCAGCUUGGCUAUUUCCAAAUUUACCUUUGCUGUUGCUCUCCGGCGCCACGGGAACCCACGAGGACCUGCAACCCCCCGCCCUCACCGUGUCCCGUCCCUCACCGACCACGGAACAACCAUCGGCCGCGUCAAGUUCUGGAUCUGAUUCUCACGUUACCGUUAGAUCGGUCGGUGCGACGUUGGGCCGUCAGGACGCCGUGGAAACUUAUCCAGACGAAGACGUCCUGAGUCCGCCGAGUUCGAAACGAAGUUCACUACGUACCAGCGGUACGACAUUGUCCCUGAACACUCUCCAACGGGACAUUAAGGAGGCCUUCAAUCGUCGUUGCAGUAGCCUUCGACGACGUCCACUAGCAGUACCAUUGACAACAAUAACAACAACAACAACAACAGCAGCAGCAACAGCAACAGCAACAACAGCAACAGCAACAAUAGGAGCAACAGGAACAUCACCGUCAUUACCGGAACCGGUAUCACUUCCCAUAGCUGACGGAAGUGACGUCAGUAUAUUGGUGACCGAGCCUAGUCCAGAAAAUUCAGCGCCGCCAUUGUCAAGGCCACCGUUGAUAAGACAACAAUCUGAGGCUACGGUUGUUCAUGUACUUGUACACAGAGAAAGCGAGGAGUAUAAGGAUCAGCAAGACGACAGCUGAUGGUCCUAAAUAAUUGAUAUGUGAACUUGGGCCUGAGUCCCUAUUUCGUUUUUAUC